AUGGUCGCAAAGAUCAAUUUGGCCCAUAUGCCGCCGGAACUGGCGCUCUACGUGGCCGUGUACACGGAUCUGGAAAAUGCAUCCUUUCUGAAGGAGCAAUUACUGGCUGGCAAUGCCGAUUUCGAGUACGCCUUUAUUGAGGCAAGCAUGGUCGUUUCUACGAAACACGUCCUCGCCGCAGCUUUCCGUGCCAUGAAUGACUAUCUCAACGAUCGGCUGAAGUCGCGGAACGUCCAUUCCGAGACGGUCUUCUCGCUGAGUCCUAAUAACAACAUCGGCGAGGCUUUCCGCAGAUUCGGCGUCAGCGAAACAACAAAGAACUUGCUCGUACUCAAGGUCGCUACGAGCCCUGAUAUUACGCUAGAAAGUGUCAGCCAACACCUCUCGGCGAAUAUCAGAGGACGAGAAUGUGCCUUUGAUGACGCGAUAUUUGGAAAAGUGGCAGACGUGGAGCGGAUCAGGAAGGUCUACAAACUGGGGGUUGCCACUUCUACAGGUCGAUCAACUGCCACUGUGAAUGGAGACUCUGGCUCCAAGGGGGAUGCGCCUGCCGACGGAUCGAAAGCCCUCGAGGUCCAAAUCCUGGGACUGAUGGCUCUGCGAGGAGCAACCUGA